GAUCCCCUCUUCUUUCCAUCCCUCUCCCGCGCACGCGCCGUCAAACCCUAGCUGGCUAGCUCCGUCCCUCCUCCUCUCAUGGCGUCCCCGCGUGCGCCCGACUGGCCCCGUGGCCUCAUCUUCGCCCCCGGCGACGCCAAUCUCAUAACAAUCCACCUCCAGCGCAAGAUCUCCGGGUCCUCGCUCCCCGCCGCCGACGCCCGGUACAUCCACAACGCGGACGUGUACGCGGCCGAGCCCGCCGCGCUCGUCACCGGCCUCCUCUCCGCCUCGGCGAGGAGCGACGGCGAGGGCAGGGAGUGGUACUUCUUCACCUCCGUGCGGGCCCAGAGCAGCCGGGACACCCGCAGGUGCCGCGCCGUCGCGGGUGGGGCCGGCACCUGGCAUUCGGAGAAGGCGCGGUGCGUCGUGCUCGACGGGGACGGCGGCAUCGUCGGGUACCGCCAAUCCUUCACCUACGAGCCCAAGAACGGCUGGCUGAUGCUCGAGUUCAGCCAACAAGAACCCCGCCGCGGCGAGGCCAUGCCCGUCCUCUGCAAAAUCUACCAGAAGCGUCGUGCCGGCCGGUCCGCCUCGAAGACGAUUUCGUCUGGGUCGUCGUCGAUGUCCGGAUCCAAGAGGAAGGCGGCGGCCGCGGAUGAGCGCUCCGUCGAGGGUUCCUCGGCCCGCGUGAGGCGAUGCCUGCAGUUCCGUCCGCCUCCUGCCGCACCAAAUCCGCCCGCACUGUUUGCUACAUCGGGGAUUCAAGAAGCGUUCUUGCUUUCAGUAGAGCGGCCGCAGGCAGAGCAAGAACCAGAGGAGCCGCAAGAACCGCCGGUACGCAUAGCACACACAGCCACACCGCUGAUUCCCAGCUUCUCCAUGGCCGCCGACCACGCCCUGACCUUCGACCGCACCACCUUCCUCCGCCCCGCCCAAGAUUGGCCCAUGCCGAUGCCAGUGAAUUCGGACCUGAGCGACACGUCGACGGCACUACUGGGCAAUUAUGGCUUCGUCUCACCAGCCACCUCCGAGCUGAGCAGCUACAAUGCUACGACACCCUUGAGAGAUAACACCGGCGCUUGGGCCUUUCAGCCGUCCGCCCUGACCUCCUCCUAUGACACCACCUUCCUCCUCCCUGGCCAAGAUUGGGCCACACCAGAGUCGUCACAAGUCAGUGAGGCAUCGACGCUGGACAGCUACGGCUGCUUCUCGCCCGACCACGCCACAUCCAGGCUCACCACACAGCCGAUCAGCAAUGGCACCGGCUAUUGUUGGUCUUUCCCGCAGUACAGCGAGCUAUCGGCAAUUUUUGGCGCCUGAUUGAAUGCUUUGAUACGCUUCCACGCUAGGCUGAGAGGAGUGUGGGUAUGCCUCCUUUAGUUUGUAGGGAUUUUUUUGCCAUACUCGAUUGUUUUUCAGCAGCAACUCUGCUUUCUGUUGGAACUGAGGCUUGGUUCAGUUAACCGACAUCUUAGCGGUCCUCCGGCGAUGUAACUGGGAUGCACACAGCACACAUAGCUGUGGAUCCUUCGUUGUGCACUCUUCCUAUAGCCGUGGUUUAGUACAAGAGUUUACUUUUUAGGCCUCCAAUUGAUUUAGUUUUUUAGAUUAUUGUGCUUUUGUUGCUACUGCACACACACUGAAUAAUUCAGAAAUGGAGCGCUUCUUGUUUACCUGGCCCACGCAGCGUUAUAAGGUGAAGAACUUUUUAAGCAAGGGGCCUCGUAGUCUCCUACUCGUAUGUUUUUGGGGUGAUGAUUCUUAAAUCUUAAUGUGGUCUAUCCUUCAUUAUGAAAACAAAGCAGCACAUCAAGCGAUUUGCAUGUUUUCACCCAGUUGGUUAAUCUGGGUAGAACAAUGGUUUUCCUUCUGCGUAUCUGAAAAUGAAAAAGUUCAGUGCUCUAAGUGAUACUCACAUACUGCCUCCGUCCGAAAAAGCUGGUCCCAAGCCAAAUGGAUGUAUCUAGCACUAACUUGAUGCUAGAUACAUCCAUUUGAGGGACAAGCUUUUUCGGACAGAGGGAGUAUAUAAUUAGUAGAGCCCCAAUAUAAUUAGUCAUACUUCAAGGUAUAUAAUAUGAGUAGAGCCUGGAUAUAAUUAUCAUUUUUUUGUCUAUCAAUACCAGUCCAUUCUGUUCUGGUUUGAAUUAGCAAUACCUGUACCUUCAAUGAUGUUUUAAUUUGUUACUCUACUUAGCUAUUACUGUUAUUGACACAACAAAGUCAUGCCAUCAAUAGUCACUCUUUUUGCAGAUUCAGAAAUAAUGUAGAGCUUACUGAAGUAAAACAAAGUAUAUGUUAUUAGCUGUCAUAAUGUUCAAGUCAAAGUUGUCUUGUUUCAUACCACUGACGGCACCUUUGGUCCAGACGCAUCAAAAUAAGUCUUCUAUGUUGUAUAUCAUAUCAGUUCUCUAAAUUUUCAAAUAGUACCUAAACCAGUUGAUCUUAUAUCUUAUAAAUGCAGCUUCGUUUUUGGUCUAAUCGGC